UCUUGUUCAUCAUUGAUGGUUUUGAUGAACUCAUGCUUUCUGGAACCAAAGAGUCGCUGCCUCCAAAACCAGACAUCAAAUCCCAUUCACAGGCCAUUGUUUGCUCUCUUCUGAAAGGACGUAUGAUGAGAGAGUCCUUCCUGCUGGUUACUACGAGAUCCACCGCUGUAGACAAACUGGAGAACGUUCUGAAAAAGCCACAGUGCUUUGUGGAGAUCAUGGGAUUUUCCGAGAAAGGAGUGAGUGAAUACUUCCGAAAGUUCUUUGAGGACGAAGAGUUUUCAAGUCAAGUGUACGAGCAGGUGAAGAUACACGAGAUGCUCUACACGGCUUGCUUCAUCCCUGUCAUCUGCUGGAUUAUCUGCACAAUUUUCAAGAGAAAAGGGAAGGAUGGUGUUGUAACUAGCGAAUUGACGACAACCACGUCCAUAUUUGUUGAUUUUGUGCUCACACUCUUGAAACAUCACAGUAGUUUGAAUCAGCAUGACGAGCUCAACCUCCUCAAGGACCUGGGUCAGCUAGCAGAGAGUGGAACACCAAAACGCCAAGUCCUUUUUUCCAGAAACAAUCUUCCAAAGGCAAUCUCAGAUUUACCAAAUAUUCCCUUCCUGUGCACAUUUCACCAGCAAGAGAGAACUUAUCUGAAGGAGAUGUUUGGGUUCUUGCACCUCAGCUUUCAGGAGUUCUUCACCGCUCUCUUCUACAUGUUAACUGACAAGGCAGAGGCGAAAAUAAAAGUCAAGCAGCUACUAGAAUCAGCAGGCAAUGGGAGGCGCAAUGAGCAUCUCUUACCUGUAAUCCGGUUCCUUUUUGGUCUCUCGAACAAGAAAGUGAGCCGUUUAAUCCCAGGAGAACAUCCAAAGUCGACAUCUACCGUUAUUCGCGCACUGCUGGAGAAAUGGAUCAGCAAAGUUAUAGAGAAGAACAUCAUGGAUACAUUUUACAUGAGUGAUUUCAUUCUCCAUUGUCUGUAUGAGCUUCAAGAUAGGGAAAUACUGAAGAACGUCAUGAAGCUGUGGGAACGCUCAGGUAUUAACAUCCACUGGUCUUUGAAGGGGGUCGAUUGUCAGGUUGUGAUGUACUGUCUCCAGUAUUCCUCACGCAUUAUGAGUAUGAAAGUCAAAAGCAAUGCUAAAGAUCUAAAGAUGCUUCACCCUGUGCUUUGUAGGUGUACAACUCUAUGGUUGGGUUUUGAUUCAAUAUCUGACGCUAAUGUUGACCUCCUGACAUCAGCCCUGGGGAGAAGAAAGAACGUGGGCUAUUUGACUAUGGAGGAUGGAGCCCUGUCAGAUGAAAGUGUGCAGAAGAUCCUGAAAACCCUCAGUGGACAAACAUCAGUGGGUAACAUUCGGCUGGUGGUGAGGAGCAUCAGCAACGCCAAUGUCGAUUUAACCAUGAACUUUCUUGUAAAAGAGAAGAUGGGAAGAAGGUUCAGUGUAUGUAUUGCCAGUCAAGCAGAAAACAUAGACAAGAGUCUUUGCUCAGAGUUCACUAUUGCAAGCAAAAACGAUUCCUUCUGGUUUACUGUUGGGCACUCAGAAGGGCAUCAGGGUGAAAUCUCAGAAAAACUUGGUCUUUGUUAUUAUCAGGGUUUUUCAAAAAUAUCCUUUGGUCUUUGUCCUUUCUCUGCAAUAUCCAUGACUGAUUUACUCAAGACAUCACAUAACCUCAGGAGCUUCUCAGACAUGAAAAACACUGAGUUUGAUAUGAAUGUGGAUGCACUGCUGUCUUUCCUAAGUUGUGUUCCUGGUUUAACUGAGGUGGACAUACAAGCUGAGUACCUCACAGAUAUUUGGACUUCUAAAAUUCUGUCCUACCUUCAAGUCAAUCCAAAGAUUUCUCACAUAAAGCUUCAUUUGAGCAAUCUCAUGAUUCGUGAUGAGGAAAGGGUCUGUUCAACAUUUUCAGUCUCUAGAAAGCCAUUUGAAGAGUACAAGAUGCACGUCAGUGAAAGGAAAAAUCCAUCAUUGAGUCUUGUAAUGGACAGAUGGGCUUAUGAUAUAGCAUCUGGUAGCAAUGGAGAGUUGGUACAUUCAUAUCGACUGGACAAACCGGCACUGGUGAAGCUCAGCCUCAGUUUCCCUCCUCUUGAAGGGUCUAGUGCCAGUUGGGAGGUUCUUUUCAAAAGGCUUUACCAACUCAUUCAAUUGACAGAACAAUGCCCAGAGUUGGAUGAGCAUAUGGAUUCUCUGCUGCUGUUCCUUCAUUCUGUUCCCGGUCUGAAGGAAGUAAAAGUUUGGCUAAACAACCUGAUUGAGAGCUGGGCGGCUGGUCUGUUCACCCUCUUCCUGUCUUGUUCCAGCUUACUUCACUUGCAACUGAAUACCGAUAUGUCUGCUGUUAGUGAUGUGGAGAGUCUGGGUAUAAUGAGAGCUGAUGGAGUGAGGCUCUCUGUCGGCUGUAACCAUCUGAAUUAUAUAGAUGGCUGCUGUGAUAUCAACCCCUUUGAACCUCCAGUGCACAAAGUGCUUCCCUGUGUCAGCAUCACUUUGACAGAUGACUCUGAGAAUGCAAAUGCUGACUGGAGGAGAUUCUUUCAGGCCUACAACCAGCUGAAAGACUUGACUGAGUUUUCUUUGGAAUAUGAUGAGAGUGUGAGAGAUCUGCUCUCUGUCCUGCACUCGGUCUCUGGUCUGAAGGAAUUGGAUCUUGUCUUCAGAUUCAUGACUGUGGAUGGAGCAUCCAGAGUCCUUAACCUCUUUCAGACAAACACCAGUCUGACUACAUUAAAUUUUGGGGCAGUCGAGCGGCCUGAGAUAAGUAAGGCGAACUUCAAGAAGGACCACAGGAAUGAAUUCUUCAGGUCUCAGUCUGCAGGACAGAUGUCAGAUGACAGUGAUGAAGAUGGCACGUCCUCACCUCUCAGUGACUGCAGCGAUGAAAUCAACCAAAGUGAUUCUUAUGAACUGGACAGUGUGGAGCGUAUUGUCUGCUCGGAUCUCAGGAUGUGGAGGAGAUUAUCAGGGCAAUGCAGCUUGUUUUUGAAGUGUGCCAGCUCCAGUCCCAGGACAAAGUCACUGUUCUCAAGCAUAGAGCUCACCCUGUCUGAAAACUCAGAAAAAACUAGCAGUGACUGGAAAAACUUUCUUAAAGCAUAUAUUCAAUGCAAAGGGAUCUCUAUAAUAAGUCCUACAUUUGACGAGACUGUGGAUGAUCUGCUGUUGUCCCUGCACUCAGUGUCUGCUGUGAACAAGGUGCAAUUGACGACCGACAGCCUGACUGAGAACUUGGCUGCAAAGAUCCUCUCUAUGUGUCACACAUGUCCCAGUCUCCAUAACAUCUGUUUGCAGGUGGAGUACAGUAAGAGAUACAGUGAGCUCAAUGUGUGUUCCUCUCUCAGCAUCACCAGAAACACAGACUCCACCUUGACAGUCGACAUUCAGUUGGCCCGUGACAGCAUGACUGAAAUAUCUCCAUCAUUCAUUUCAUUCAUAUCACCAUGUUCAGAGAUUCCUAAACUGGAUGGAAGGGAACUCUUUGAAACUCUUGACAUCCUUAAAGGUUUAGAAGAAGGAUGUGAAGAGCAUGAAGAGCUUGUGGGUGAUUUGAUGUCCACCUUGCUCUCCGUUCCUGGUCUGCAGAAGGUCAGACUCAAGAUCAGCAAUCUAACAGAGAACUGGGUGAAGAGGAGUCUGUCCUUAACUGAAGUCUGUCCCAGUCUUCAGGAGAUCAGAUAUGACUUCAUAAAAAGUGGUGGCUUGUUGUUGGAGGAUGUUGUGAGGAUUCUACAGAGCUCUCAGACCACAGGAAUUAAGUGCAGUAACGCAACAGAUGGGUGCACUGAAAUGGACACAUCCAGAUCAUCAUCUGCCUGCAAUGAGAAUCUGAAAAUCACUUUCUGCAAGAACUCUCUUUCAAGACUAUUCACAACACAUGAAAUUGACGAAGAUGACAACAACAACACUGAGGAUGAUGAAGACUUUUUCCUGCUUUAGGAAGGACUGUUGAAUACUGUUUUAUCAAAAACAUUG